UCUGUUUUAUCCUCAUCAACAGCUUCUCAAUUGAGCUCUACAAACCUAACUAUCUAUCUUCAAGAUGGAAGCUAUUGGCAAAUCUCUGAAGGAAGCUCUCAAGUCUGCCCAGUGUGAGGAUCGCCUCACUGUUGGUGUCUAUGAGAGUGCCAAAAUAAUGAAUGAUGACCCAGACAGCGUGUCUCUCUGCGUUCUGGCCACCGAUGAGGAGUGGGAGUGUGACAUUGCUCUCCAGAUCCACUUCACCCUCAUCCAGUCUUUCUGUUUUGACAACGACAUCAGCAUCGUCAGAGUGAACGACAUGCAGCGCCUGGCCGAGAUUGUUGGGGACAAGACUGGCCAGUUUGAAGAUGCCCACUGCUGUCUUAUCACGAACCCAGCUGAUGGUUCUUGGGAGGACGCUGCUCUGGGGAAGCUGCACCUGUUCUGUGAGGAGAGCCACAGUCUGAACGACUGGGUUCCAGAGAUCACCCUUCUUGAGCGCUGAUCUGGGACUUGACUCUUCUCUCUUGAGAUGCUGUAAACCUUCAACCUAUAAGGAAAUACUCAUCCGUUUACAGGAUGACACUGUUUCUCAUCCCUGGAUACUCCUGAGGAGGAUUCCGUUCCAGGCAGCGCGAGGCCGGCCCGAGUGGCCCCCGCGAUUCGUUGUCUCUUGUCCCGUCCAUACCAAGAUGACUUACAUUCUUUAUGUGAAUGAGGUCAGGUAUGCCACGAGAGCGACAAAAAUGGCCCUCAUUCUUUGUGUGGAUGAGGUUUGGAGAGAAAGGAGAAGUGAGUUCUGCAUUUUGUGGUCCAAAGAGCAAACGUCUCACGUUGAAGCACGCGCAGUAGGAGAAGAAGCGGUGCCAAGAAGAAGCGUUCUUAAAAAGGGACUUUUUAAAAUGUCUUCUUGCUGAGCAGGAUAACGCCGUUGCAUUCAGCGAUAUACUUCCCACUUUCCAGAAUUGUCUUAAUUCUCUAAAGGUUUCACUUUAGAUGAUUUAAAUAUGACAAAAACAAAAAACAGAAAUAUUUUUUUUUAAAUGUACUUAGAAUACUCUAAAGGUUCAACUUUAGACCUUUAACAUGAGAUUUAUUAACAUUUUUAUGAAAGAUUAUUUCAGUUGUUAUUAUCAAAAAUGUUACAAUAUUGAACUCCUGAUUAUGUCAACAACUAAAAAGAAAGAUAUAUUACAUUUGUUGUUCUCUAAAAUGUUUUGCUGUUGAAUUCUUGAUUAUGUCAAAAAAUAAGAAAGAAGAUACAUGAAUAAAUACAUUGUUAUUUUCUAAAGGUUUCGCUUUAGACAUUUCUUGUACGA